UUGCUUUACAAGCAAGUUUCUACUGAGGAUGUAUGUAUAGCCUACUAUAUGUGUUUUAUAUUAAUGCCAGUACUCUCCCUAGGGUGAAGGAGAUGAUCUUUACCUAGAACCAGCAGCAGCGUCGCCCCCACCCCACGAGAGCCAGCACGGAAACCCUCCAGCCCCAAAACAGCUGUGCCCCCACCCGGCAGGCGAGAGCCACCACCCACUCUAAUGAAGCCGCCCAUUCCCAGACCUGGUACUCUUCCCUCCAUGAGAGCAGCCCCCCACCUGACAAAAGAAGAACCUCCUUUCCAACUAAGCUGCCCCCACCCGCCCUUGCCCACAAACCUCCCCUGCCCAACACACUCAAGGAGCCCAAGCCCUGGUAAUACUCAUGCACACACACAUAUGCUGCUGCUGCUGCUGCUGCUGCUGCUGCUGCUAAUGAUGAUGAUGAUGAUGAUGAUGAUGAUGCACUGUUGACUAAAAUGAAUCUGCAUAUUUCAGUCCUCCCCCCACCCAUGAGCGGUAUCAGUCAAGGAGGGGGGCCAAGUGCACAAGCUGUAUCAGCGACCGAAAAUGAGGAGAGCAAUCUGGAAGGGAGGGAGUGGUUUGCUGGAAACUGUGAUCGUAGGGGAGCAGACGACCUGUUACUGAGGAUCAGCAAGGAUGGGGCAUUCUUGGUGCGGAGGAGCUCAGCACAGAACGCGCGGCAGCCAUACACCCUAGUGGUCCUCUACAGACAGAAGGUCUACAACAUCCCUGUGCGCUACAUAGAGGAGACACACGGCUACGCACUGGGCAAGGAAGGCAAGAAGAAUGACGAGGUUUUCUCGAGCCUCCAGGAGAUCAUCUCUUAUCAUAAGAAUAACCCCCUGCUACUGAUUGACAGCAAGAGUCAGGCCAAGCACACUACCUACCUCACACAAGCGGCCCGACAAUAGCACAGAUACACACACACACACACACACACACACACACACACACACACACGCACACACACACACACACCCACAUGUGUGCACACUCACACACACACCUUGAUAGAAGAGCUGGCAUUUUCACACACCACAUAGUCCAUUCCUAUAAACCAUAUGUGUAGUAAGUUAGUAAUUUGCACAUUUAAAUUGAUAUGGUGCCUGACAUGUUAUCCUAUUAAUUUAACACUUUCUCUGUUGUGUACAGCCUACUCUGAUGAUAACGUUUUAAAUAAAUACAGUACUGAGAGUGGGCACGGAAA